AUGGUCAAAUCCUAUGUCAAGUAUGAGCAGUCGCAGACCUUCGGCGCAAUAACAUCUGCUUCCUCGAAUGUAGUCUGGACAGCGGACGGCGCCUCUUCAUCCACGGGUGCAGGCCGCGCGUAUGUUGGCGCCGUCGAAGAGGUCUUGUGCUGGAAUGUGAAGAAGGGCGAGCUUCUGAGCAGGUGGCGCGACAGCAACUGCAGUGCGGAAGUAACCGCCAUCGCUCGAAGCCAGGCAGAUCCUGAUAUAUUCGCUGUUGGCUAUGCAGACGGGAGCAUAAGAGUGUGGGACUCGCGAAUCGCGACGGUCAUAAUCAGCUUCAACGGCCAUAAAUCUGCUGUCACCACUUUGGCCUUUGACAAAUCUGGAGUCCGCUUAGCAAGUGGCGCAAAAGAUACCGAUAUCGUCAUCUGGGACCUGAUAGCUGAGGUUGGCCUUUUCAAGCUCCGGGGUCAUAAGGACCAGAUCACGGCACUACAUUUUCUCCACCCCACGGCAGACGCGGAAAACGAAGAGGAAGGCGUAGACGGUGUCGCCGACGAUGAAAGUGGAGCUGUCUUUCUGCUGUCUACCGGCAAAGAUGCGCUGAUUAAAAUCUGGGAUGUGUCUUCUCAGCACUGCAUCGAGACGCACGUCGCGCAAACAAAUGGCGAAUGUUGGGCAAUGGGAGUCUCUCCAGAUGGCAGCGGAUGUAUAACGGCCGGCAACGAUGGCGAGCUCAAAGUCUGGGCACUAGACACCGCAGGACUCCGGAGGGCCGCAGACCGGAUUGCUGCAAGCGGCGAGCAACGCUACCUGCACGACCGAGGCGUCCUAUAUAGGCAGGGAAAAGAUCGAGCUGUAGGCGUCGCCUUCCAUCCCCGAGCCGACUAUGUUGCUGUACAUGGAUCAGAAAAGGCGGUGGAAAUAUUGAGGAUACGGACAGAAAGCGAGGUACAGAAGAGCUUACUGCGAAAACGUAAGAGGAGACGGGAAAAGGCUGCCGCGGCAGGAAACCAGAAUGGCGACCUCGAGAUGGCUGAUGGGGAAGAGAAGUCAGAAGGCGCCUCCAAAGCGGAGAUUGGCGAUGUCUUCGUGCCUUAUGUGAUUGUUCGAACGGGAGGCAAAGUCCGCUCGAUAGACUGGAUGGGCAGUAGAACCGGUAAAGCCUUACAGCUUCUGACGGCGACAAGUAACAACCUCCUUGAUGUCUACAACAUUCCGACCAAAGAACGAAUAAAGAAAGCGAAAACCGAUGAGGCGCCCGAAUAUGCGCGCACUUUCUCCGUCGACUUGCCCGGCCACAGGACAGACAUCCGAGCCAUUGCUUUAAGCUCAGACGACCGGAUGGUGGCGACCGCUUCGAGUGGUGCGCUGAAGAUUUGGAACGUGCGAACUCAGAGCUGUCUUCGGACGCUAGAGUGCGGCUAUGCUCUGUGUUGCUCAUUCCUGCCAGGCGACAAGAUCGUAGUAGUUGGUACGAAGAGCGGAGAACUCGAACUAUUCGACAUUGCAUCGUCCGCUCUGAUCGAUCGGGUACAGGCGCACGAGGGAGCAAUUUGGACGCUCCAAGUCCAUCCAGAAGGGCAGUCUGUCGUAACAGGAAGCGCCGACAAGUCGGCCAAAUUCUGGAAAUUCGACAUAGUCCAGGAAGAAAUACCGGGCACUAAACGAACCACCCCUCGCCUCAAGCUCAUCCAUACUCGUACCCUAAAAGUUAAUGACGACAUCCUAUCUCUCUGCUUUACUCCUGACUCCCGCCUCCUCGCCGUCUCCACGCUCGACAAUACCGUCAAGGUCUUCUUCACUGACAGCCUAAAACUCAAUCUCAACCUCUACGGCCACAAACUCCCCGUGCUCAACAUGUCCAUCUCCUCCGACAGCAAACUGAUCGCAACCUGCAGCGCCGACAAAAACAUCCGCCUCUGGGGUCUCGACUUCGGCGACUGCCACCGCGCCCUCUUCGCACAUCAAGACAGCAUCAUGCAAGUCUCCUUCAUCCCGCACCCGAUCUCCAAAGAAGACGCCCACCUCUUCUUCUCCGCCUCUAAAGACCGCCUCCUCAAGUCCUGGGACGGCGACAAAUUCGAACAAAUCCAAAAGCUCCCCGGCCACCACGGCGAAAUCUGGGCCCUCGCCGUGUCCCGCACAGGCGACUUCCUCGUCUCAGCCUCUCACGACAAAAGCAUCCGCAUCUGGGGGCAGACAGACGAGCCCAUCUUCCUCGAAGAAGAACGCGAGCGCGAGCUCGAGGAACUGUAUGAGUCGACCUUGACUACCUCCCUCGAAGCGGACGACCAACCCAUCGACGCCGAAGACGGCACCCGAGCUGAAGUAACCUCCGCCUCGCACCAAACCCUCGCAACCCUCACAGCCGGCGAGCGCCUUGCCGACGCCCUAGCCCUCGGCCUCACAGAUCUGGAAAGUGUGCGCGCGUGGCGCGUCCAGAAAGCCAGUAAUCCGAAACUCGCGCCCCCGGCACGGGACCCGCAGUUCCUGGCCCUCAACAACGUCGCCGCCGAGCGGUACGUCCUGGACGUGCUAGCCCGCAUCCCGGCGGCCGCGCUGCACGACGCGCUGCUCGUGCUGCCCUUCUCGGCGCUGCCGGCGCUGUUCGAGUUUGUUGAGGUCUGGGUCGCUAGGGGCUGGAACACGCCGCUGGUUUGUCGAGUUCUGUUUUUCGUGCUCAAGGUGCAUCAGCGGCAGAUUGUUGCAAGCAGGGAGUUGAAGGGGAAGGUGGAGGGGCUGAGGGGCGUGGUGAGGAGGAGGUUGGGAGCGGAGAAGGAGGUGCUGGGGUUUAAUCUUGCGGCUGUUGGGUUUGUGGGGGAGAGGGUUAGGGAGGGGCAGGUUGUUAGGUUGGAGGAUGUGGAGGUUGAGGAGGGGAAGGGAGGGAGGAAGAGGGCGUUUGUUGAUGUGGCGUAA